GCGAGCGAGAGAGAGAGCUCUACAAAGUACCGGCGGAGGAAGUGAAUGAAGGUGCGACUGCCUGCAGGCGAGCCUCGCUUCUAGGGCAGGUUGACACCAUGAACUACGUGGGGCAGCUGGCGGGCCAGGUGCUGGUGACAGUAAAGGAGCUGUACAAGGGGAUCAAUCAGGCAACACUGUCAGGCUGCAUCGAUGUCAUCGUGGUCCGUCAGCCUGAUGGGACGUUCCAGUGCUCCCCUUUCCACGUCCGCUUUGGAAAACUCGGGGUGCUGCGCUCCAGGGAGAAAGUAAUCGAUAUAGAAAUCAAUGGAGAACCUGUGGAGCUCCACAUGAAGCUCGGAGACAACGGAGAGGCCUUUUUUGUCCAGGAGACAGAGCAGAACAAUGAGGUUGUCCCAGCUCACCUAGUGACCUCGCCCAUCCCCACAGAGGAGCCCCUGUUCUGGAGCAGAGAGCCCAGAUGCGGAGGAUCAGCAGCAGAGAGCAGUCAGCCUCAGAGUCCGGAAGAGCCGGCCUCUGGAAACCUCCAAACAUGCUCCAACACAGCUGUGAAGAAGAGGAAGAGGCGCAGGAGGAAACACAAGGCCGAGCCACGCAAGGAGGAGCAAACAGCAGCUGUUGGAGGGGAGAUCGAGCUGGUUGAGCUCAGUUCAGAUGAAGACCACAACGCGCACAAUGGACGGACGCCUUCACUCUCCUCACUGAAGGACAAUUCGGACCACAGGCAGCACUCCCCUAUCACUGCACUCGAAUGGGACAGCUACCCUUUCUCUGAUGGAGACUGGUCCCCCUGCAAUAUCAGCGAGAUGUCUGAUCCUUCAUCACCAAAGAGUGACUCGGAGCUGAUAGUGAAACAUACAGAGAGCAUGCUCAGAGCCGAGUCACACAUGCAGUGGAGCUGGGGAGAGUUUCCUGAAUCCACCAGGGUUAACAAAAAGGACAAAUCCGAGCCUAAAACACUGACAAUCACUCCGUCAGAAAGCACACACUUCAGGGUCAUCUUAAGCACAGAAGCCAUGCAGGAAGAGUCCAGAGAAGGAGGGAAAAGGACAGAUCCGGUCUGCAGUAUUGUAAAACCAGAGCCUCGGAGCUUCACAGCUGAUCAGUGCUGCUGCAAAUCCCAGCUCCCUGAAGCUUCAUCUCCAGACCUCUCAGAUUUAAAUCCCAGCAGUUUUACCUCAGCGCUGUCUCCCACUGACUCUGAACUCACCACAAAAGCUGCACACAAGACCAGAUGGAAGUCAUCGCCUCCCAGCCGCAGGGACAGCGGCUCUGCUGCCAGUGGAGCAACAAACGCAGACUCAACAACGAUUUAUCCUGAUACAAAAACCCCCAAACCAGCGGACUCCUCCAAGAGGAGAAGUGUGAGGAAGAGGAGCCAGCAUCAGGGACCUGAAGACAUUUAUCUGGAUGACCUGAAUGCACUUGAGCCUGAUGUUGUUGCCCGGUACUUUCCAAAGAGUGAGGCUGAGCAGGUUCCUAAACACUGGGUGGAGAUGGGGCGGCGCUCUGGGUCACAGUCCCCUCAGUCUGUGGGCAGCGCAGCAGCAGACAGCGGCACUGAGUGUCUGUCCGACUCUGCCGGUGACCUCCCUGACGUCACCCUGUCACUGUGUGGAGGAGUUGGCGAGAACUCAGAGAUCUCUAAAGAAAAAUUCAUGGAGCACAUCAUCACCUACAAUGAAUUUGCAGAGAAUCCAGCAAUAAUUGACAACCCAAACUUGGUGGUUAGGAUUGCAAACAGGUACUAUAACUGGACCCUGGCAGCACCAUUGAUACUCAGCAUGCAGGCUUUUCAGAAGAACCUACCAAAGGCUACAGAGGAAGCCUGGGUGAAGGAGAAAAUGCCCAAAAAGUCUGGACGCUGGUGGUUCUGGAGAAAGAGCAGCGUGAAGCAGUCAUCAUCAGAGGCCAAGUUAGGGAGCCAGGAGUCUCUGAGCAGCGACAGCCCUGCCCUUCACCGGGCCCCUGAAACACAGCGUAAAGCAGUAGAGUGGUCCAGUGAUGAUGAGACUAAAGAGCUGAAUGCUGUGGCACCUUCUCCAGAACCCACUGAGCAUGUGCAAACUGAAGGCCCAGCACCAGCGUCUGGUCACUCCUACAAGAAAUCCCUCCGCCUGUCGUCUGACCAGAUAGCCAGUUUGAAGCUAAGAGAGGGGCCAAAUGACGUCACCUUCAGCAUCACCACUCAGUACCAGGGCACCUGUCGCUGCGAGGGAACAAUCUACCUGUGGAACUGGGACGACAAAGUCAUCAUCUCUGACAUUGAUGGCACCAUCACCAAGUCUGAUGUGUUUGGCCAGAUUCUGCCUCAGCUGGGGAAGGACUGGACUCACCAAGGAAUCGCUAAGCUUUACCACUCAGUCCACGAAAAUGGCUACAAGUUCCUGUACUGUUCGGCUCGGGCGAUCGGCAUGGCAGACAUGACCCGGGGGUAUCUACACUGGGUUAACGACAGAGGGACCCUCCUACCUCAGGGGCCCCUCAUGCUCUCUCCGAGCAGCCUCUUCUCUGCCUUCCACAGAGAAGUCAUUGAAAAGAAGCCAGAGAAGUUUAAGAUCGAAUGCCUCACAGACAUCAAGAAUCUGUUCUUCCCAAACACGUUCCCCUUCUACGCCGCCUUUGGAAACCGAGAAAAUGACGUUUUUGCCUACAAGCAAGUGGGUGUGCCCGUUUGUCGUAUAUUCACAGUCAAUCCCAAGGGGGAGUUAAUCCUGGAGCAAGCCAAAGGCAAUAAAACAUCAUACAGCCGGCUGAGCGAGCUGGUGGAACAUGUGUUUCCUUUGAGAAGUUCCCAACAAAACGCUACCUUCAGCUGCCCGGAGUUCAGCUCCUUCCUUUACUGGAGGCAGCCCAUCGCUGAGGUGUGUUUGGAGGAGCUGCUUUGACUCAAUGAAGUGCUUAAAAUCAAAGGAACUCAGAGCAGUAGUUUGCACUGAUUUAAUACUGGUGAAAAGUUUUGUUACUUCACUGGAGUAGUUUGAAAUUGUCUGAGACAAUCUCCUGUAGUAGAAGAGUUUAAGUUAGAAAUGUGUUUCACAUCUUAUUCAGAACUUUUCCAAUGUGCACUUACAGAGUUUUCUUUGAGCUUUAGCUGCAGUUAGGUGUAUCUGAAAGCCUUUGACACAUCACCUCUUUUACCAUUUGGACAGUUUUGACCGUGUUUAGACCUUGCAUUGACACUGAUUUAUCAGAUCGAUUUAGCACAAUGGUUCUCAGCUGGUGGUAUCCAGAAAUGGUCUGUUUUCAGUGGGUUCCUAGAAAAACAGUUAUUGAAAAAUAUCCAGGAGAUUCAGUCCUUUGCAGACAUUUAUCCAUCAAGUUUACUCUGUUUUUCUUGACAAGAAGUAAAAUCUGGUUGUUUUCUUGAGAUCUUGACUUAAGUAUCCUGUUAUCUUGGAUGGGAAAGUCUUCAAGAAUGUUGGUUGUCCCAUUAAACGUCCAAAAUACUUGGGACCUUUAUUAACAACAAACAACAUUCAAGCAAAACAGAGUGAUAUACAAUGUUUGCAUGAAUGUCCUCUAAAAGUUGGGCCCAGUUCCUUCGUGCAAUCAUAUGUUUUGCUCCAUUUAGGGUCCAAACUGCAACAUUUUCCCAAAAAUUGAAAAAAAUUAAUCAGAAAUUUGGGUUGCAGUUUUACAUUAUGGAGGCAGUGGUGGGUUCUAUGCCUGGACCAGUUGAGAAACACUGAUUUGACAAAUAAUUUUGGGCAUUUGGACACUAAAAGGUAGUCCUUAAUGCUUCAUGCCGACAGAACUCAAUGUGUACUGAAGUUUACUUUAUAACUGACAGCCUGGACUGCAUACAGAGCUGGGUUGGGAUGCCUUCAGCCGGACUAGUUUGGUAGUGUAGUUGCAAAUGGUACUGACAAACUUCACUAUGCUACAAUAUGCAGUCAGGGACCUGAAAAUCCUCUUGGGCCCACCAGAACCUUUGUACAACAACAACAUUAGACUCAAAGUAUUUUCCUUUAAAUUUGUAUUUCAUAAACAGAGCAUGAAAAUGAAAACACUAGGCUUUUAGAAAUUAACAUUACUUAGGAACUGAUUGUGGGGUAACAAAAACGUUUGUAGUCCCUGUAAAGGGAUAAUAAAUCUGUAUUUUAGCUUUGUUGUAAAAGAGGCCACUGUGGAAACGCCAAAAAAAGCGUGCCGUCCCACACCGAACUGAACCGAACUGCUCGGUGGAAACAACCUAUUAGGAACGACUAGGCCAAAUGUCAGUCAUGAAAAACAUCUCUUGGUUUAUAGAAUUAAACUUCAAAAUCAUGAAAAGUGAGGCAGUGAAAUCUACUCUAGGAUGGUGUGGGCGUGUCCGUUGAAUGAGCUGAAGCCACGCCCACUCAGGAAAAAUCUGAUCAGAGCGCAGCUGCCUGGCUCUGUGCCAGAGCAGAGAGACAAGAGAUGGGGAAUAAAUUUACAGUUUUCUGGCACAAAUCUCUAUUAUGAUGCAUUUAAUGACCCCCAGUCCACAGUGGCUGAUAGAUUUAGGAGCUUAGCUAACAACAGACUGUCCUGAGAGGAACUGCUCCGGGUUUUACAUCGUAGCGUUAGGGGACGGUGUAAUUCCACAUCAAGAUCGGGGACGUCAUGGGCUCCUAUAUUUGCCUCACUCAAAUAAAACCAAGCCUGGAAAGAGGUGAACAACUUUCUAACAGUCUAAAACAAACAUAUUCAACAUAUCUAGUCUGUUAAGACAAAUUUUGGAGUUCACCUCACAGAGACUUAAAUGAGAAACUGCCAUUUAUUUUGUUUUGAUGAGGCAUCUGCAAAGUCACUUACAUUUUCUUUUCUACCAUUCAUCUCUGAUUGUAAAUUGUGGCCCAGCAAACUCUUCAAUAGCAGCAUUAUUUGUCUCCAAAGGCACCGAUAGACUCUUAAAACUGGGAAGUAGAAUUCUAAGAGUGUCACCAGUCAAUCCAAUACCAUUUAAACCAUGACACAGGUUCUGUUUAUCGGAGAAAAUAAACCAUUAAAAAGGUGACGCAAGUGAAAUCUUCAGGCUGUGUUAUGUUACUCCUUGGACUUGUAUUUUACGAUAUUUAAAAUGUGAUUAAUUUUUAAAAAUAUUUCUAUGGUUUGUAGUUAUUGUAUAUGACGUCCUGGGCUCACAGGUGGGCCAUUGCCCACACUUUGUGAAGCACUGGAUUAAAGAAAUCUCCAACAGCUGACAUGAUCUGCGGUAGCCGGCUUGUAAACAAAAUAAAGUGGUUUAUUACGCCCAUCCAGCUUCGCUCGGAUUGAUGGGAAUUGCGGUCUUUUUACAGAUCCAGAUCUCAGUAAUGAGAAACGGUCUUUCUGCUCUUAAAUGGCUUUUCAUUUGGUUCUAUUUUUCCAUUUUUAUGUCUAUAAAACGACAAAAAUCAGAAAAUCCUUUAUGCUUAAUGAUCUCGUGAGGGGAAAUUCUGGAGACAAAUGGAGAAAGGAAACAUUUUUUUUUCCUCUCAAAUGGAAACCAGCUCCUGUUGUUUACAGGAAAGUUGGCUUUUAGAACCAACUUGCUGGUCGUCCUGAUUGUCAUUUCAGUUUAACCAGCACCUCAUCAGAUCUACGUGCUACAUAGUGUAUCACCAUGUCCUUAAAGGGCAUAUUUUUGAUUGAAUGAGAAAGAAAAGCUUCCGAUAGCCUCUUAGUUUGUGGCCAAUCCAGCCCCUCCCAUUCUUAUUGCCCUGAUUCAGGUUUUACUGCUGUGGCAAGGAAAUUUAAAACUGUUAAAAAAGAAUAAAUCAUUAAUAUUAGAGAGGCAGGGAUGCUAACAAACUACUUUUUACUGUCUUAUUUUAAAUUGUCAAGUAAAAUAAAUCAUUGAUGUAUUGCUAAAUCUGCUAACAUGCUAUGUACAGGCUGUUAUUUGCAAUAAGCAAGUGAGAAUAAUGAUUGCAGGUCAUCACUGAUGAUGUGUUGCUAGUGUGCAGUGUGGAUGGACGCAUUAAGUGGAGUCCCCUUUGUAUCCAAAUGCCCAAGACAGAUGUUAAAUGCAGGGUCUGAACUUUCCCUUUGUGCUGUUUUGUGCAAUAAUGACGACACCUGCACCAGGCUGUAAUAUCUAACCAGACAUAAGCAUCUGUUUGAUAUAACAUUAGGAUGAAGCAGAAGCAUUAGAAACAGUAGAGAUGCUAAGAAAAUAUUUUAGCUUCUCUUAAGGGACAAACUGUUUUACCUUAAACUGUCAUUAAAAUGGAUCUGAUAUUAGAUCUGCUAGCCUGUUAAUGGCAACUUCCUUUACAUGUUAGCAUCAAGCUAACAAAUGCAGAUGUACAUUCCUGUUCAUCUCUAAGAAAGGUAAAUUUUCUUUUUGAAAAGCACCAUCUUUUAAUUCAGGCAUCAAGGCUACAAAAUGCUGCUCUUAAACUGUCUGUCGUUUGAUAUGAAUGUGAAACACUGACUUAGCUGAGCUUUUUGCUCUCUGUCUUAAGAAAUUUUAUAAAAAUAUAUGGUAUUUAUGCUAUUUCUGUUUCUUUAAGGCCUUAAUAACUAUAACAGUCUUACUAAAGAUGCACAAAUAUGAAAAUCUUCUGUCAAAGCUUUAGAAUAUUUUGCACUUUUAUGUUAAUAAGGUUGUUACUUGGACACAUUUUGUAACCAAUUGUAUUAAAAUGAUUCAAAUGCUGUUAUUUUGAUGAUCAAUACAAUUGAAAGUUCAAAAAUUAAAAAAAAGAAUAUCCAUUUAUUGAGAAUGGCAUUUAGUAGUGGAAAUAAUCCAUGAGAGAGUUCAUGCAACUUCCUGUUUGAAUUGUAUAGAAAAGUUGCAUGUUUUUGUCAGGACUAAAGUAUUGCCGAUGUUAAACAGUGUUUGGAAUUUGCCAGCAAUUUUUGACAACUGAGAAUAAUAAAUCACCCAGUUUUGGAUGAUUAAUAUUUCUUUUCUUUAAAAAAUAUAAUACUUUCAUUUGAUUCUCUCUUAUAUCAAAGUUUAUCAUUCUUGUCUAGUGACAACCUUAUAAAAUGUAACAGGUAAAUGUUUUUUAUAUUUGAUAAAAAAGUUAAAGAAGCACUUUCUGUCCUUUAGAUGCUGCUACGGCUAUAUUAACUUAAAUGUAGACAUUAAAGUUGUUUUGUCAUUUAUGAUGCAGCACGUAUUCGUCAGCCUCCUUUUCUCAUCUGUUGGAUUAAUGAAAUGAAUUCUUUCUAUGAAAGCGAAUAUCUUUGUGUGAAGAGAACACACAGUAUUUUCCUAGUGUUGCUGCUUUACGUGUUUUCAGGAGAUUAUUGUGAUGACUUUGUGGUAAUCCAGAUGACAGUUUAAUCUCACAGUGUAAACUCAGAGUCCAGUAUUUUUUGGAUGUAAAGUCUUUUACAGUGUGUGAAACCUUUUAUUUCAAAGUGUAUAUAUAUAGUUUAUUUACUGUAUGUAUUGAAGUAAUAAACAUGAAUCAAAUGUCUCUCUGUUUGAUGAUCCUUUAAUAAAAAAUUACA